AUGCAAAGCACAAGAAUUGGCGCACAGAAGCCGGAGAUAAUAAUUCCUACAUUUGUGGUCAGCUCGGUGGUCAUAACAUUGUUAUCGGUACACUUCCUCAUAGCGUGGCUGGGGCAAUUUUAUCAGCAGCCUUGGCAGCAAACAUGA